GGCGUGUGUGUGUGUGUGCGUGUCUGUGUGUUCUUUUUCGAGGACUUGUUUCGUUAAUGAUGGAGUGAAUGAAACCAAAAGCGACAGAGCUACAGUAGACUGCACACACACACGCGCACGCGCGCGCGCGCACAUACAAUGGGACGGGGAGCCGCAAGCCGCACGCUGAACUGGAGGGACAUGUGCAGGGACACGCUUUGUGUUGUCAUUAAUUAAAUGAUCGCAGAUCGGAGAGUGUUAACCUGAGGGAGAUGAAUUGAGGGUUUUCUUUAGCAACGGUGGGACGGACGGGUUUCUGCCGGCGCGCCUAACAGCCAUGGCAUGGCUAUGCAUCUUAACUUUGGCCGUCAGUGUUCACGUGAACAAAGUACUGGCUGGGCCACGCUUCUCUCAGGAGCCAGCAGAUCAGUCGGUGGUAUUGGGGGAGCGGGUUGUACUCUCCUGUGUGGUGUUUAACUACACAGGCAUCGUCCAGUGGACCAAAGAUGGACUUGCUCUUGGCAUUGGAGAAGACCUGAGGGCAUGGCCACGUUAUCGUGUAUUAAGAAUCAUUGACGUGGGUCAGUAUAACCUGGAGAUUUCAUCAGCUGAGCUGUCAGAUGAUUCUCUGUAUGAGUGUCAAGCCACUGAAGCAGCUCUCCGGUCCAGAAGAGCCAAACUCACAGUCCUCAUUCCCCCAGAUGAUCCAGUCAUAGAAGGUGCUCCUGAGAUUUUGUUGACAGCAGGAAUCUCAUACAACCUGACGUGUGUGUCCCGAGGGGCCAAACCACUCUCCACCAUAGAGUGGUACAAAGAUGGAGUUAUAGUGGAAGGAGCUCAUACUAGCACUGAGGUUUUACCUGACAGGAAACGAGUAACCACACGCAGUUUCCUGCCUAUUCAGCCAGUAGACACAGACACUGGACACAACUUCACCUGUAUUGCCUCCAAUCUGGCUGUGCCACUGGGAAAACGAGCCAGUGUCACACUCAAUGUGCACCAUGCUCCCACAGUUUUAUUAUCAAUUGAGCCCCGUUCAGUUCUAGAGGGAGAGAGAGUAACAUUUACAUGUCAAGCUACAGCCAACCCACCUAUCAUGGGAUACAGGUGGGCUAAAGGAGGAGUAAUCCUGGAGGGAGCGAGGGAGAGUGUGUUCGUGACUACUGCAGAUCACUCGUUCUUCACUGAGCCUGUUUCCUGCCAGGUGUUCAACGCUGUGGGCAGCACCAACGUCAGCAUAUUGGUGGACGUACACUUUGGUCCAAUACUGGUAGUGGAACCGAGGCCUGUAACGGUGGAUGUGGACUCUGAUGUUACACUAAACUGCAAAUGGACAGGAAAUCCUCCUCUUACUCUCACCUGGACAAAAAAGGGUUCCAGCAUGGUUCUCAGUAAUAAUAAUCAGUUGUAUUUGAAGUCAGUGAGUCAGGCUGAUGCAGGACAGUAUGUGUGUAAAGCCAUCGUACCCAGGAUUGGGGUUGGGGAGACAGAGGUCACACUGACGGUCAAUGGUCCACCAAUUAUUUCAAGUGAACCAGUUCAGUAUGCUGUAAGAGGUGAGAAGGGCGAUAUCAAAUGCUACAUUGCAAGCACACCUCCUCCUGACAAAAUUGUGUGGGCCUGGAAGGAGAAUGUGUGGGAAAAAGAUAGAGGCACUCUCUCUGAAAGGUACACAGUGGAGCAAAGCAAGCCAGCAUCAGAAGGGGGUGCUGUGCUCUCCACCCUCUCCAUCAAUAAUGUGAUUGAGUCAGACUUUCAAUCCACAUACAACUGCACAGCUUGGAACUCAUUUGGACCAGGCACUAUGAUCAUCACACUGGCAGAGAGAGAUAUUGUCCCUGUGGGUAUAAUAGCUGGUGGAACAGUUGGAUCCUCCAUCCUGCUGCUUCUGUUCUUGCUUGCCCUGACCUUCUACAUUUACCGGCAACGAAAAGCCAGUCGUCGAGGGGUUGCAUUGAAGCCUGACAUCAAGGUCGAGACAGUUAAUAAGGAGACCCCAAGCCUAGAGGAAGAUACAGCAGGUGUCUCAACAGCAUCUCGCAUGUUUCUUCCCUCUGUCUCCCUCUCUCCCUCCACUCAGCCAUUCAAAGAGGACACAGACCUGAAGCAGGACACACGCAGUGAAACACUGGAGACCAAGGAGGAGUACGAGUUGAAGGACCCAACAAAUGGCUAUUACAACGUGCGAGCAACGACCCAUGAUGAAGGGCGCACCACGGCCCGCUACCAGGAAUUCCGCCCACCAAAUCCAGCCUCAGUCUCCACUUCUGCAGCAGGCUCAGCGCCCAGUAUUAAUCCUGCUCCCAUCGGCCGCUAUGAACCACGCCCACCAUCUCGGAUUACUCAUAACACCUAUGCCCACUUCAGCACCAUCGCCAGGACCAAACAAAGCCAGGGCCCACCCAAAGCAGCACUUCAAACCACAGACUAUUCCAGAGAAUGUGGCCUUCUGGAAUCAACCAAUCAGCUCACUUAUGACACGUAUGGAUACCAAAACACGGCGCAAUAUGCUCAGUAUAGGCUUGGCUUUGCUCCACCACUUGAGGAAGGACCAGCAUAUGAGAUGUAUCCAACAGGACAGGGGGUGGGGCCAAAUCAAGGGGUAGGGCCAGAUGCUGGACUGGGGAAGUACGGGAGCUCAACACGUUUCUCCUAUUCAUCUCCACCUACGGAAUACUCUCAGAGACACACGCAGAGGAUGCAGACACAUGUAUGAGAAUGGAAUAGGACACUGACACACACAUACACACGCACACACGCAGGCACACACGCACACACACACACACACACUGGACUUAAAAUUGUGGUUAAUCAAAAGCUAGAUUCACAGAUUAGUGUAGCUAUCUCACAGUCACACAUACACACGUGUGCACACACAUUGUAUUUUGUACUGUUAUGUCUUCAUUGUGUGCCAUCAAUACAGUGCCAAACUAAGAUUAAAUACAAAAUGAAAAGAUAAAAUAUAGAAAGGGUGAAGGGAUACAUUCAUGACUUCUUCUACUCCAUUCAUAUAUUCUCUCCACCAUUCCUCCCUUAUCCCUAUGUCUCUUUUCCUGUCAUCAUAUGUAAAUAUAUCCGAAAGAAACAUUAACAGAGAGUGUUACCUGAAGUUAAUAACUGCCCUAGUAUAAUAAGUAGGAUAACUGAGAAGAAGCUAUAGGAUUGUCCAUUUAAGGGGACAUUUUUACCCGACUGUUUCCUAUGGGAAUCUACAGAUGGCACCAGUUGGGAAAUGUCUCCAGCCUCAAUUAACCCAGUCUGUGCCACUGGAUAAUAUGAAGGACAGUGUAUGUGUGUAAAGUAUAUGCUCUACCGUGCAAAGUGUCAUUUAUGUCAUACUUGCAAGAGUUGCUGAAUGUCAUGAAAUAUGAAAUAUUCAAAGGAUACAUUUUUGCUAUGAAGCAAAAAAGUGACUCAAGCCACUGUUCAUGGCAGCCCAUAAACUGUUGAUGGAAGUCUAUAUAAUUUAUAGUCAUUUUGUCUUAACAGUGCAUUAAUAACUGGCAGCUAUUGUAAAAAAAAAAAAAACAACAAAAAAAACCCUGCAUUUUCUAAAACCUCCAGUGUUAUGGAUUUUGUCCAAAUUGCAGAAGAAGAUCAGCUUAUUCCAGCUAUAUGAAUACAUUAAAAACAGCAUUUGCACUGCCCUUUUUUAUGAAGGGAUUAGUGUAGUGUUGUGGGGAAAAACUGUACCAUACUCAAUGUGUAGCCCUGAAAACAAUAAAACUUAGAGGAGACAUUGGACAGGUGUGUGAGCAACAGCUUGGCUCCCCUUAUUCUGGAAAAAAAGCAGAUAAAACCUUUCUAAGCCUGUGUUUAUAAACCUUUUUGACUGCACUUUUUGUAAUUUUGCCUUGAAUGCAUUAGUACAUUUAGAACUCUUUAAAGCUUUAAGGCUUUUUUAUUAUAUUAAUUAUCAUACUUAAUUUUAUGACUUUAUUUAUUAAACAUGUUAUAUAAAUCAUACUUUUCAUAAUCAUGCCCUGUGGUUCACAGCAUUAUUAUAACUCGCCUUCACUAUUUAUUAAACAAGCACUACUAUAAGUUACCACUAUAAGUUUUUAAGUACACACAGCUAAAGGGUUUUUCUAUUAUUUAAAGUACAAGUUAAAGCUGCUACAGUGCAUGUACAUAUUAAUACAGUUAAAUUACACAAAUAAUAAUAAGUACAGUCAUAAAGUUUAUACAUUCAGGCUUUAUAUAAAAUGUUACUGAAAGAAAUUUUGAGAUGCUUUUUCAUACCUUGUCUUCAAAAAGUACCAAGAAAAGAAGAAUAAGCAGAAGAAGUGAGGGCCUCCCUUCCAUAAAACUAAAUUGUUUGCUACUUUAAUGUGUAUGUGUGGGAGAGCACCCAAUCUCAUAAAUGUGGGGAUGUUCCACAGGGGAACAAUUGAACCUUUUCUAUUUGUACAGUCCUCUUGUCCUAUACAACACAUUUGCCCCUUCAAAGUAGAAGAGCGCUUUUUCCACAUUUGUAUCUGAACUUAGAACAUGGCAUUUGAAAGCAUUUUUAUAUAUUUUUAUACAAGAAAAAAGAAGUUAGACCAACAGUUCAGAAAGUGUGUGGAAAGGCUUUUGUUUCAAAGUCAUUGUUGAUGUGAGUAAUUUGUACUUUUACAGGUCCAUUACCAGAUAGUGUCCAAUGAAUUUUGACAAAAUGUUUAUUUUGAACAUUGAAAAAAUACCCACUAUAAACUUAUUUAUUACAUCAAAUGUAGCUACAUUACAGUGUGCCAUUACUUUUUUCUCUCCAGAUUUGGUGAUCUAACAUUUUUAUACCAUUAUUUGUGCCAAUUGUGUGCCAUCUGAAUGAAAGAUGAAACAUGCAAAAAUAACUGGGCCAGGUUUUAUCCAUAGACAUUAUUAAGAUAUUAAUUAGCGAUGGGUUUUCUGAUGCACAAUGGUUAGGUAUAAUUUUAAAAACUGUCUUCCCAGUAGAUCUGUCAUUGCAGGACAGAUUUUCUAAACAUGAAGAAGGCUUUUUCAGUUAAGCAAAUAAUUGGCUUCAAGAAGUGUAUAAUGCCUGUGACAGACAGGCAGCCCUUCCUGGGUGAAUUUUCACACUUUGUUCCAGAUCUUUCUGGAAUUGGCUCUGGACCCACCACAAGCUUAUUUGGAAUACAGUGGUUACUGAAGAUAAAGAAAUGAAUGAACAAAGUUAAUAAUUCAACUGAAAUUCUUUGUAGUAGGACAUUCUGGUUAGCUUUGAAAUAAUUCAAUGAAUUCACUCUCUUUAGCAGUACAAAAUACCAUUUUGUAUUUGUUGCCACAAACAUUAAAGUAGAUAUCACUCUAUCAGUCAAUUUCUAUUCUCCACAAAUAUAAUGGAUGAUCAGUGAAAGAAUGUGCAAUACUCUUCGUGGAUGUGUGUCAUAGCGUAAAUGUCACCCACUCUCCUAAUUACUGUAUCUAUCUUAUUCCUGUUAUAAAAGCCUCUUUAGUAUUAUUGUGUUUAUAUUGGGUCUUUUACUUGUUUUUGUGAAUUUCAUAAUUUUAUUCAUCUUUUAAAUGUAUACAAAAAUCUAAAUUUAUAUUAUUCAUAUUUGUCUUAAUCCCUAAUCUUAUUUUACACAAGAUUUUUUAUUGUGUGAUUAUUUUUCCAU